AUGACAGAAGCUGAAAGAAUAUUGGCCCUCAGUCCUCGGCAGCCCUUAAAUGGGCAGAGGGUGCUAAGAAUAUCCGGUUUUGCAGGGAGAGGUGAAAUGCAUAACAUCACUCAAAUUCAAGCCGUUAAAGUCGGCAGCCUUAAUGUUGGCACAAUGUCAGGAAAGGGGAGGGAGGUUGUGGAUCUCAUGGAGAGAAGAAAGUUGGAGGUACUUUGCCUACAGGAAACACGAUGGAGGGGGAAUAAGGCCCGAGAGCUGGGGGGAGGCUUUAUACUUUUCUACAAGAUACCGGAGGAUGAAAUAUCCUUGAUUGCUGGUGAUUUCAAUGGUCACGUGGGAGAGAGAAACUUGGCAAUAGAGCGUGUCCAUGGUAGAUAUGGGAGUGGGGCUGUAAGUCCCAACGGAGAACGGGUAAUUGACUUCGCGGUGGCAUACGAUCUGGCUAUAUUGAACACGUUCUUUAAAAAGAUGGAUUACAACACAUAUGAAAGUGGAGGACAGGAAACACAAUUGGAUUACAUAUUAUACAAGAGAAGUAAAAUGAGUGAAGUCAAAAAUUUUAGGGUAAUUAAGGGAGAAACAGCUGCCAAACAACAUCACCUUAUUAUUGGGGAGUUUAACAUCAAAAGAGGAAGGCAAGGAAAGAAAAGGGGAAUACCUAAGAUUAAGUGGUGGAAUUUGAAAGACGAAGACCAGAGAAGUAUGUUCAGGGAGAGAGUGGUGGAGCAGAUAAAGUUGAGGGAGGGGGUUGAAGAGUGGUGGAAUUUGAAUGCUUCAAUGAUCCAACAAGCUGCAGAGGAAAUAUUGGGGAUGACAUCUGGUAAAGGACCACCCAAUGACAAGGAAACUUGGUGGUGGAUGGAAGAAAUCUUGGAAACUAUAAAGCAGAAGAAGACUGCAAGGAAGGAAUAUUACAAAAACAGAAAUGAGGAAAAUAAAGAAAGGCUUAAAAAAGCGAACAAAGAUCAGACACAUAUCAGGCAUAUGAAGGAUACAGAAGGAAAUGUUUUGCAUAAUGAUGAUGCCAUAAAAAGGAGAUGGAAGGAAUAUUUUGAAAACUUAAUGAAUGUAGAGAACCCAAGAGUGGAAAUAGGAGCGAGCUUACCAACAGAGAGGACUGAUAACAUAUCCUGUAGCGAAUUGGAAAAGGCGCUGAGAUUAAUGAAAUCAAACAAAGCUGUUGGACCGGAUAACAUCCCGAUAGAAGCAUGGAAAAGCCUUGGGGAGGCUGCUGUAGAUGUUUUGUGGGAUCUUUUAAGUAAAAUAUAUGAGCAAGAGAAAAUUCCAUCGGAGUGGAGAAAGUGCACUAUUAUUCCCAUAUAUAAACAGAAGGGUAACAUCCAGGACUGUAAUAACUACUGGGGAAUUAAAUUGAUCUCACAUACAAUGAAGCUUUGGGAGAGGACUAUUGGAAUGAGGAUUGAGGCUGAAACGGACAUCAGUGAGAACCAGUUUGGAUUUAAGGCGUAUGACCGUGUACCGAGGUCAGAGGUAUGGAGGUGCAUGAGAGAAAAGAUAGUGAGCGAGAAGUAUGUAAGAUUGGCUCAAGAUAUGUAUAGGGAUGUAACAUCACAAGUUAGUAGUUGCAUCGGAAUAACGGAUGAAUUUAACAUCAAAGUAGGACUCCACCAGGGCUCUACUCUCAGUCCGUAUAUAUUCGACCUUAUAAUGGACGUUCUAAGCGAAGGAAUUCGAGAGGAGGCACCCUGGACAAUGUUAUUUGCAGAUGACAAUGUCUUGGUGUGUAAUACUAAAGAAUCAUUGAGAGACAAACUUUUGCAAUGGAAGAGGGCUUUGGAGGACCGAGGCUUGAAGAUAAGCAGAACAAAGUCUGAGUACCUCUUAUUUAAUGAUUUUGAGGAGGAAAAUGGGGUGGGAAUGGAUGACGAGAUCAUUAAGAGGGUACCAGUUUUUAAAUAUCUAGGCUCACAUGUGACAGAGGAUGGUGAAUUGGAUGUAGAAGUAAAGCAACGCAUUCAGUCAGGGUGGCAGGCAUGGAGAAGGUUUUCAGGACUACUCUGCGACAAGAAGAUCAGCGCAAGACUCAAAGGAAAGGUUUAUAAAAUAGCUGUGAGACCUGCUAUCCUUUAUGGAAGCGAGACAUGCCCAAUUAAGAGGGUGCAUGAAAAGUAG